AUGAUCGACGCAAAACGAAAAGCUUCCGGAUCUAACGGUGAUGCGGCAUCGUACUACGCUUCGCAAGUGGGUGCAUCUUCAGGACCCGUGGGAGGAUCACUGGUCAAGAGACAACGACAGGAUGAGGGGGACGAUGGUGCGGGAGCAUUGGUGGCUAUCAGCUCUGAUCGGCAAGGCAAGGAUAAAGGAUUGAUGAGGAGCGUCAAGAGGACUAGCAGCUUGCAAGCUCCUAUCGUUUCGCUCAAUGGAGCUCACGGAGCCGAAAUAUUGGACGUGGCAUUCUCACCAGACGGCGCAUAUAUCGCUGCGGCCAGCGCAGAUCGAACUAUUUCCAUAUGGACCACGUACGGCGAUAACACCAACAUUGGGAUCUUGACGGGUCAUUCUAAAGCGGUGACCUCGUUGACCUGGUCCAAAGUGGCACCAGCGCAUACCCCCGUGCUCUUUAGCGGCUCAGCCGAUGGAACGCUGAUAGUCUGGGAAGUCCUGAGUGGUACCAAGGUGCGAAGGCUUAGGGGACACAAGGGCAUAGUCAAUUGCGUAGCCUCUACCAGGAGUUUUCCACAAUUGCUCGUCAGCGGAGCGGACGAUGGGAUUGUGCUCAUCUGGUUCUGGCAAGAAGAGAGUAGACCUAGGGAAGCUAUACAGGUCGGGUACCCCGUCACGGCGGUGGAGUUCAGCGAAGAUGGAAGUCAGGUGUAUGUUGCGGGUUUGGAUAAUGAUGUGCACAUUUAUGACCUGACUCAAAAGUCGAUCUUGUACACACUGCGGGGGCACACCGAUACGGUCUUGUCCAUCUCCCUGUCUCCUCAGGGUACACACCUCGCCAGCAGCUCGUCAGACGGAAGCAUCCGAAUCUGGGACGUGCGACCUUUUGCGCCCGAGCCUUUGCCGGGUCAAAAAGGCAAUGCGCGAUUGCAAAAGACUUUGCAAGGUUUGAGCAUAGGCUUCGAACAGGCGCUCGUGCGGUGCAGGUGGAACAAGAGCGGCAGCAGGCUUGCGGCUGGAGGUGGAGAUAGGACGGCUACGGUGUGGGAUGUGGAAAAGGCGGAAAUCUUGUACAAGUUGCCGGGCCACAGAGGUACUUGCACAGCGGUCGACUUUCAUCCCAAAGAGCCAAUCAUUGUCUCGGCCAGCUUCGAUCAGCAACUGCUGCUGGGCGGUGAGUGCUCCUAG